UUACUCCGAGAUGCCGGCUUGAAACGCAAAGUUUCUAUAUUGCACGCUUGUGCUAAAUUCGAUCUAUAUUCUUAUAUUUGGAGAUAAAUCUUGUAUCGAACGAGACUAACAAGAGGAAUCUUGAUGGGCGCCAAUAAUCCCAAGUGACUUUUAUUGCAUUUAGAGUCGGUGUGAAUAGAAGGACUGUUUGAGUGUGCGUUUACACGUAUAGAAGAUAUACUGUCAGUUGUCGUUAAUCAUCGCACCGGACAACAUCGCUGCUGUUCAUUGUAGCUUGUAUUCCCUAACUUUCAGAGCUCAGAAUAUGUCUGAAGAAAUCAAAGGCGGUUUCGCGACCAAAGCCAUUCACGCAGGACUGGAUCCUCAGCAAUGGACACAUAGUCCGGUCGUACCUCCACUGGUGAUGUCAACGACAUUCCGACACGACGCGCCGGGCCAGCAUCAGGGAUACUACUACAGCAGAAGCGGUAAUCCAACUAGGGACGCUUUGCAAGUCUGUCUGGCAGCUCUGGAGAACGGAACUGACGCGAAAGUUUUUUCGUCGGGACUCGGUGCGUUGACAGCCUUAAUGUCGCUACUCCAGACAGGAGAUCACGUUGUCUCCGGUGAUGACAUUUACGGGGGCACCAACCGUUUCUUCAAGCAAGUCGCUUCCAGGCAAAACAUCCAGGUCAGCUUUGUCAGUCCCGAAGAUACCGAGAGCUUUGUCAAGGCCAUCAAAGCGAACACCAAGAUGGUUUGGUUGGAAAGCCCCACUAAUCCUCUGAUGCAAUUGGCUGACAUAGAGACCAUAUCCGAAGAAAUCAGAAAGAUCAGGUCUGACAUAUACAUCGUAGUCGACAACACCUUCGCAACCUGCUAUUUUCAGAAACCAUUAGAGCUGGGCGCAGACAUCGCCAUGUAUUCUCUGACAAAGUACAUGAAUGGCCAUUCCGACAUCACGAUGGGCGCAGCGAUCACCAAGAGAAAGGACAUCGCGGAAAAAUUGGCAUUCGCGCAGAAAGCCAUGGGUAUCAUUCCAUCUCCAUACGAUUGCGCAUUGCUGCAUCGAAGUCUCAAGACUCUGGAGUUGAGGAUGAAGCAACAUUCGAAAAAUGGACUGGUCGUUGCCAUGUUUUUGGAAACUCACCCAGCGGUAACGAAGGUGAUGCAUCCGUUCUUGCCAUCACAUCCACAACACGAGUUGGCCAAAAAGCAGAUGACAGGCCACAGUGGGAUGCUCUCUUUUUACCACAAAGGAAAUUCGUUGAAAUUUUUCAAAGCAUUGAAACUAUUUUUACUGGCUGAGUCACUUGGUGGCUAUGAGUCAUUGGCAGAGUUACCAUCUGUAAUGACACACGCGUCGAUAUCAGAAGAUGAGCGAGAAAAACUUGGAAUUACUGAUGAUUUGAUUCGAUUGUCAUGUGGAAUCGAGACAACUGAAGAUCUCAUUGAAGAUUUAGGUCGAGCUUUGGAUGCUGCUAUGUCUUGAUCGCGCAAAUUUUUAAUAAACUUUAAUAAACUUUUUUCAUUUACAACUAAUUUAUUGAUAUGUUCGCUUGCAUGCAUUGCUAAAAAUAAUUUAUGAACGUAUGUUAGUCCUGUGGAAAUAAAUAUGCAGUUUUUUAUGAUCGGAAAGACAUUGAAAAUCGCUGACUAAGCAGUAAUAAAAUAUUACAUCCAUCACGAAUUUUUCACAAUAUAGAAGAGUUUUUAAAGCAAAAUAUUUAGUAUACACAAGAAUCUAAAGAAGCGACAUUUUACGGCGACAAAAUGAAGAAAGUUACACUUUUUGCAAAAUACUUUAUCUUAUUUCUUACAUUUGUGGUUAAUAGUGAAGAGGUUUGGGCUAAUGAAACUGUUGUAACAAAAGAAUCCAACAAUCCAUCUAAUCAAACUCGUAUCAUCACGAGUAUGCUUUUUUUAUCAGAAGCUCUUAUUCGUUCAAUUCAAAUCGAUCAUGCAUCUGUAGAGGCCAAGAACCAUGUGAAUGCUCGGAAUAUGUGCGAAAAUGCAUAUGCGAGAACAACACCCCUUGCAACUGUACCGAAAAAUCUAACGAAACACCAUCCAAUACCAGAGGAAUUCCAACUAAAUCGAACAAUACUAUCCAAUCGAAUUAAACAAAGAUACGUUUGAUAAUUAUAUGAAUCAUAUAUCAUGAAUUGAUAUUUUAUUGUGUGUAAUAUGUAUCUAAUUUUAAAUUCAUAGAAAUUGAUUGAAGAUGACCAACGUGCAUAAUUGAUUAUUUUAUAUAGUUGUAGGUAAAAAAUUUGAUAUUCAAAAUUUAAGUUGCAAAGUUUUGCUCUUCUAUGCAAUAAUAGUAAAAAUUUGAGACAGAAAUUUGCGUUUCUAUAGGCAACUUUAACUUAUUCUUCAAGCUCUUUAUUAAAUAUUUAUGUAUGCACGUAAACAGAUUUACGGUAGAAUGAUCUAACUGAUCGAAGAUUGUCGGAACAAGACCGGAUAAUUCCACUCAUCGUGAGAUUAGAAACUUUCCGACAGACCUACAUUUAUCAAUGAAUUUGCAAAUGCAUAUCAUGGACUUCAUCCUAUUCCUUAUAUUUUCCAUGUCAUUGAAAAUUACAUGAUAUUUAUCAAAUAAAAUUUAUAGUAUACGUAUGUGAUAUUCUAUGUGAAAAAAAUGGCAUUAUGAAUUAUCAGGCGGUAUCGGCUAGUGAAUGUGUCAUAUUAAAAGAAGCAAUAAUAAUAUUAUAAGUGUCAUUAUAACAAAUAAUAAUUGAAUACUUUUUUAUAUUAAUAUACAAAUAUAAAAUGUAAAAACGAUCUGCUCAUUAGUCAAUUCAAUUAUCAAUAUCAAAUAUAAAUUAUUACUUAA